AUGGUAGCGGUCGGUCUUCUUAGCCGUCGUCUCCCAAGAAGCCCUUCCCCUCCCCUUGAUCGCUUGUGGCCCACUGGGGCUGACGGGGUCGGUGGGGCUGAUGGGGUCGGUGGGGCUGAUGGGGUCGGUGGUGGUCACGAUGCUGCAGGGUGUUGGGACCCCGGCCUGCCGACCAUCCGAGCCUUCUCCCAACAACGCCGCUUCCACCGCCUCUUCCUUCGCCACGUCACCGCCAACGCCACCCCGCACCUAUUCUGGCUUGCCACGUGGGAGUGGCUGGGCUUCCGAUUGGACCUCCUCGUUGCCGCCGCCCUGCUCUCCGCCGCCCUCGCCGCCGUGGCCCUGCGCCACUCGCUGCCGCCCGCCAUGGCCGCGCUGGCUUUGUCUUAUCUGCUGCAGCUACCAGACUCCCUGCGCUGGGCGCUGCAAUACGGAGCAGAGCUUGAGAACACGUUCACCAGUGUUGAGCGCACACUCGAGUACACCACGAUUCCAAGUGAAGUGCCCCCACCGAGCCCCAACAGUCAAUCUAAGCGUCAGCAGCAGCAGCAGCCAUGGCAACAGCAGCAGGUGAAGCAGCAGCAGCAGCAGCAGCAGCAGCAGAAGCAGCAGGAGCAGCAGAAGCAGCAGCAGCAGGAAAAGUCCACCGCAAAAUCCACAAUAUUCAGCGUGCUGUACAGAGCACUGCGAACAGCAAUCAGCCUCCUUCCCCCCAAAUCACUAUGCGCUCACAUUCCUCUCCUCCCCAACUGCCAAGCCACAAAUGCAGCAUCACACAGCGAGGAGGAGGGGAACAGCAGAAGCUCCCUUCGCCCCCCUUGGCCGUCAGCAGGUGCAGUGCGAGUGGAGCAGCUGACAGUGCGGUAUGGCAGCACGGGGCAGGCAGUGCUGCGCAGCUUGAGCUUUCGGCUCGCAGGAGGAGAGAAGUGUGGUGUGGUGGGGCGAACAGGUGCAGGAAAAUCCACACUCAUGCUCGCUCUGCUGCGGUUGGUGGAAGCGUCUUCAGGGAGCAUUUGCAUUGACGGUGUCGACAUUGCAUCGCUGCCCCUAGCCACCCUGCGAAGCGAGGUGGUGGCCAUUCCUCAAGAGCCGGUUCUUUUCAGCCAAUCAUUGCGAUUCAACCUUGAUCCCCUGGGGCAGCACAGUGACGAGGCCCUGUGGUCGGUGCUGGCAACGGUGCGCCUAAAGCCGCUGGUGGCGGGGCUGCUGGGCGGGUUGGAUGGUGCCCUGGCUCAGGGCGGGGGGAACCUGUCCCUGGGGCAGAGGCAACUGCUCUGUCUUGCAAGGGCGUUGCUGGCGUCGACACGCGUGUUGCUGAUGGAUGAGGCGACAGCGAGCAUGGAUGGGGAGAGCGAUGCAGUAAUUAAAGACAUCCUGUGGGAGUCGUUCAAGGACAGCACCGUCAUCACCAUUGCACACCGCCUCUCCACAGUUCUGCAUUAUGAUCAGGCAAGCCUUUUGAGACGUCUCCAGAGUCAUUCAAGGACAGCACCGUCAUCACCAUUGCACACCGCCUCUCCACAGUUCUGCAUUAUGAUCAGGCAAGCCUUUUGA